AUGGCUAAGACCUGUGAAGUACCAAGAGCCUUGAGGGAAAGGGUUGUGAAAUUCCACAAAGAUGGAGUUUCUGUACGUAAGAUAGCAAGAAGACUUGAUAUGAAGCAUACAACAGUGCAGUAUAUCAUCCAAAAAUUCAAGAAGACAGGUAGUGUUGAAAAUAAGAAGGGAAGAGGAAGAAAGAGAGCGACAUCUUCAAGGACGGACAGGUACAUCAAAGAGGUUGUGAUGAGAGACCGGAAGUUGUCUGCCAAGCAACUUGUCAAGCAGGUGGAAGCAAGUACAGGCACCAAGGUUUCCACUCAAACAAUCCGGAACAGACUGAAACUCUGA